AUGAAUGACACAAUGGAUGACACAUUGGAUGACACAAACGAUUCCUCGACAGCUCCACAAGAGUUCACAAUAAGCAGCGCUUUAGUUGAGAGUCACUUCUCGGACAUCCCAUGCAAUGAGCGAUCGGUUGAUAACGACUCGAAAAGCGUGAAUAUCGCCAAAAAUGGUGACAAAUAUCUGCUGGAGUGUCGGGUCUGCAGAUGUCAUAAAAGUAUAUUCUUCUGCAGUGAUUGCGUCCGAAACGGAGAGUUCACUGACUCUAAGAAGAGGACACGAAUUCCCGAAAGAUUUGCUGAAAAAAAGCUCAAAUACUUUCGCCUCAAAGACGAACAGCAGAUACUCAGCGAUAAAAUGGACAACGAUUUGAACGCUUUGGUCACCAAAGAGGAACUGGAAUGUCGAAUAAGACUUCUUGAGGCCAAUGUGUUGUCGUUGCGGAAGACAGUGUCGGACGCGAGACACGGGUUGGAGACGAGUAUAAGUGAUCUGAAG